UUUAUUCGUCUCUAGUCUCUGGUAUAUGUUAAAAUGGAAAAACGACAUUUGGGUAACCUAUUUGUCCAAGUUCGUGAAAAGAUAUGGAAAGUCGAAGCUUGAAAGGGCUAGAGAACUGUUUGAGCAUGCUGUUGAACCGGCUCCUGCUGAUGCAGUUAAGCAGCUGUAUCUUCAAUACGCAAAAUUGGAGGAGGAUUAUGGUCUAGCAAAGCGAGCUAUGAAGGUCUAUGAUGAGGUAACCCAGGCAGUACCAAAUGAAGAAAAACUAAGCAUGUAUGAGAUAUACAUUGCUCGUGCUACUGAGAUAUUUGGUGUCCCUAAAACAAGAGAAAUCUAUGAGCAGGCCAUAGAGUCUGGUCUUGCAGAUAAGGAUGUGAAGACAAUGUGUUUGAAAUAUGCAGAGCUAGAAAAGAGCUUGGGAGAAAUUGACCGAGCUAGGGGAAUAUAUGUGUUUGCAGAUCAAUUUGCAGAUCCACGCACUGAUGGUGAUUUUUGGAAUAAGUGGCAUGAGUUUGAGGCUCAGCAUGGAAAUGAAGAUACCUUCAGAGAAAUGCUGCGAAUCAAAAGAAGUGUUUCUGCAAGUUAUAGCCAGGCACACUUCAUUCUGCCAGAGUACAUGAUGCAGAAGGAUCAGUCAUUGACCCUUGAUGAUGCAAAGGAUAAAUUGAAGCAGGCAGGUGUCCCGGAAGAUGAGAUGGCUGCUCUUGAGAGGCAAUUGGCGCCUGCAUCCAAAAAUGUCAAUUCUAAAGACAGCAGCAGAAAAGUGGGGUUUGUGAGUGCUGGGGUGGAACAAACAUCUCCUAUGCCUUCAAUAUUCACCUUCUCGCUGGUAGCCACCGUUAUUUUGCCAAGCUCCCCUCGAACCAAACUCCCAAAUUUCGAAGGAUUAUUGCACACAUGCAUGGUUGCAGCGGAGUCCAAAAUCCAUCUUUGAUUGUUUUGCUCCACCUCAAGAUCACACUCUUCACAAACUAAUACUUCAACCACACUUUCUUCAACAAUAUUAGCCUCCCCCUUUCCCUUGGUUUCUUGACUUUUCAUCAAUAUUUU